AUGACUGUUCAGGCAACGAACAGUACAGUUUUGUUAGAAACGGUGAUGCUUUUGGUGGUUGACAGUACGGGGAAGGAAAUUCCGGCGCGGGCGCUGCUUGAUUCCGCUAGCAUGUGCAGCUUCAUGACGAAGAAGUUGGCCAACACUCUCGAUCUCCGCCGUUCUACCGUUGACAUUGCUGUUUCAGGGAUUGGUGAAUCAUCCAAGCAGAUCAAGCGCCAGUUAACAGCAAAGAUUCGCUCAACCGUAACAAAGUACGCCACGAAGCUAGAUUUCCUUAUCCUCAAAAGGCCAACAGUUUGCCUACCGACAGUGAGAAUUGAUGUUGCUGCUUGGAAAAUUCCCGACGUUGACCUGGCUGAUCCACAUUUUUUCAUUCCUGCGGACAUUGACCUCAUCGUUGGCGGAGAAGUGUACCAUGAACUUCACGGCGGCAGCAAGAUUUCCCUCGGCAAUGAGGUGCCGACUUUAGUGGAGACUGUUUUUGGAUGGGCUGUAUCCGGAUCGGCUCCGAUAAAUUCCUCCGUAACACCCCGGUUAUGCCAUCUUACGACCAUCGAUCGAGACCUAGAACAAUCCAUCGAAAGGUUCUGGGAACUCGAAUCUCUGUUGCCGUCCCAAGCUCUGUCAGCUGAAGAAAUAAAGUGUGAAGAAGUGUUCAGUGCUACCACCACUCGCGAUUCGUCCGGUCGUUUCGUAGUUAGAUUGCCACUCACUAGUGACCCCCUGGUACGUGUUGGUGAAUCAAGAUCCAUCGCCGAGCGCCGCUUCCAAAGUCUAGAGAGUAGACUUAAGCGAGAUCCUGCCACUCGAGAAGCCUACGUUUGUUUCAUGGCCGACUACGAACGUUUGGGCCACAUGAUCAAGUUGACUGAUCCAGUAGACGACUCUGUCCCCCACUGCUAUCUACCACAUCAUCCAGUCUUCAAGGAGUCAAGCACAAGCACCAAGGUCCGUGUUGUUUUUGACGCUUCGUGCAAGACAUCAACCGGCUACUCCAUCAACGAUAUGCAGUUGGUGGGACCUACUAUCCAGGACGAUCUACUGUCGAUCAUUAUGCGCUUCCGAACCCACCCAAUCGCACUCGUAGCCGACAUUGAAAAGAUGUAUCGCCAAAUACAACUGCACCUGGACGACUGUACGUACCAACGAAUUCUCUGGCGCCAAGGUCCCGAAGAGCCUCUCGCAACAUUUGAGCUGCAGACUGUUACGUACGGUUUCGCUUCAGCACCAUUUUUGGCCACCCGCGCUUUACAACGCCUCGCUGAGGAUGAAAUCAGUCGUUUUCCUGUUGCCGCCCCAGCUUUUAAGAACGACUUCUACGUUGACGAUUGUUUGACUGGUGCCGAAGAUGUCGAAUCCGCUGUUCAACUCCGCCGAGAAGCAUCCGCUCUAGCUGCUUCUGCCGGUUUACCACUCAAGAAAUGGGCAUCCAAUGUUCCUGAAGCGCUUCGUGGUAUUCCUCGAGAAGAUUUAGCCGUAUCCGAAAUCCACAGCCUGCAGGACGAUCAGGCUGUCUCUACGCUCGGACUUGUUUGGGAAACAAGGUCUGACGUACUACGAUUUCGAGUCCAAUUGCCCCUGCCAGCUCCAGUACUCACAAAGCGCAAGAUUAUGUCGUACAUCGCCCAGAUUUUCGAUCCACUUGGUUUGGUUGGACCGAUUAUAACCGUCGCCAAACUGUUCAUGCAGCGUUUGUGGGGACUUCGAACAGAGAACGGAGAAUCUUUCGAGUGGGAUCGCCCACUACCAGCGUCGUACCAGGCCGAUUGGAAGGAGUUCCAUAGCACGCUGGAUACCAUCGCCACGAUCCAAGUUCCUCGAUACGUGUCUUCCGCCAAUGCCACAUCCUUUCAGUUGCAUUUCUUUUCGGACGCGUCGGAGAAGGCCUACGGCAGCUGCUGCUACAUUCGGUCGGAAUGUGAUGGAGUCGUCCGUGUCGUAUUGCUGACAUCGAAGUCGAAGGUCGCCCCGCUGAAGAGCCACCAUAGCAUUGCCCGUUUGGAACUUUGUGGAGCCGUUCUGUCUGUCAGCCUAUCGGAGAAGGUCAACCGUGCUCUCAAGUUGCCUGCCGAAAUGUUCUUCUGGACUGAUUCCUCGACGGUUCUUCAGUGGCUACAAUCACCGCCCAAUCGCUGGAAGACAUUUGUGGCCAACCGACCGAUGUUCUGUCCCGUGGAAUAA